AUGUCGCAAUUGAACUUUAAAGACAAGGUUGUCAUCAUCACCGGUGCCGGUGGUGGAUUAGGUAAAUACUACUCCCUUGAAUUUGCCAAAAGAGGUGCCAAAGUUGUUGUCAACGAUUUAGGUGGAUCUCUUGAAGGUCUGGGUGGUAACUCCCGUGCUGCCGAUGUUGUUGUUGAAGAAAUUGUCAAGAACGGUGGUGUUGCCGUUGCUGAUUACAACAAUGUCUUAAACGGUGAAAAAAUUGUUGAAACUGCCGUUAAGAACUUUGGCACUGUUCAUAUCAUUAUUAACAAUGCUGGUAUUUUAAGAGAUGCAUCCUUCAAGAAGAUGACUGAACCAAACUUCAAGUUGGUCUUAGAUGUUCACUUGAAUGGUGCUUAUGCCGUCACCAAGGCUGCUUGGCCAUACUUCCAAAAGCAAAAGUAUGGUAGAAUUAUUAACACUUCUUCCCCUGCUGGGUUAUACGGUAACUUUGGUCAAGCCAACUAUUCUGCUGCCAAGUCUGGUUUAUUAGGUUUUGCAGAAACUUUAGCCAAGGAAGGUGACCGUUACAAUAUCCACGCUAAUGCCAUCGCUCCAUUAGCCAGAUCAAGAAUGACCGAAUCUAUUUUGCCACCUCCAGUUUUGGAAAAGUUGGGUCCUGAAAAGGUUGCUCCUUUAGUCUUGUACUUGUCCCACGAUUCUAGUAACGUCAAUGGUAAGUUCUUUGAAGUUGCCGCUGGCUUCUAUGCUCAAAUCAGAUGGGAAAGAUCUGGUGGUAUUUUGGUUAAGCCAGACCAAACAUUCACUGCUGAAAUUGUCGCCAAGAGAUUCCAAGAAAUUAUCGACUUCAAUGAUUCCAAGAAGCCAGAAUACUUGAAGAACCAAACACCAAUCAUGUUGAAUGAUUACCCAACUUUGGUUGCUGAAGCCAAGAAGUUACCUCCUAACGAUGCCACUGGCGCUCCUAAAGUUUCACUUGCUGGUAAAGUUGUCUUGAUCACUGGUGCCGGUGCUGGUUUAGGUAAGGAAUACGCUAAGUGGUUUGCCAAGUAUGGUGCCAAGGUUGUUGUUAACGAUUUCAAGGAUGCUUCCCAAACCGUGGCUGAAAUCAAGGCUGCUGGUGGUGAAGCCCAUGCUGAUGAACACGAUGUCGCUACUCAAGGCCAACAAAUCAUUGACAAUGUUAUUAACAAGUAUGGUACCAUUCAUGUCUUGGUUAACAAUGCUGGUAUUUUACGUGAUCGUUCAUUUGCUAAGAUGUCCAGAAAGGAAUGGGAUGAUGUUCAACAAGUUCACCUUGUUGGUACUUUUAACUUGUGUAGAUUAGCCUGGCCAUACUUCAAUGACCAAAAAUACGGAAGAAUUGUCAACAUUACUUCAACUUCUGGUAUUUAUGGUAACUUUGGUCAAGCCAACUAUUCCCUGGCCAAGGCUGCCAUUUUGGGUUUCACCAAGACUCUUGCUAUUGAAGGUGCCAAGAACAACAUCAAGUGUAAUAUUGUUGCUCCUCAUGCUGAAACUGCCAUGACUUUGACUAUUUUCAGAGAAGAAGACAAGAACUUGUACCAUGCUGAUCAAGUUGCUCCAUUGUUGGUUUACUUGGGUUCUGAAGAAGUUCCAGUCACUGGUGAAACCUUUGAAAUUGGUGGUGGUUGGAUUGGUAACACCCGUUGGCAAAGAGCUAAGGGUGCUGUCUGUAAGGAAGAUGUUACCACUGUUGAAUUUGUUCGUGACCACUUGAAUGAGAUCACCGACUUUAGCCAAGUUGAAAAUCCAAAGUCUGCUACCGAAUCUUCUAUGGCUAUCUUGUCCGCUGUUGGUGGUGAUGACGAUGAUGAUGAAGACGAUGACGAUGACGAAGAAGAGGAUGAAGAAGAAGAAGAAGAAGAUGACCCAGUCUUUAGAUUCAACGACCGUGAUGUUAUCUUAUACAACAUCUCUCUUGGUGCUGACACUACUCAAUUGAAAUAUGUUUAUGAAAACCAUUCCGAUUUCCAAGUUAUCCCAACUUUUGGUCAUUUAAUUACCUUCAACUCAGGUAAAUCUCAACAUUCAUUUGCCAAGUUAUUGAGAAAUUUCCAACCAAUGAUGUUGCUUCAUGGUGAACACUACUUGAAGGUUCACAAAUGGCCUCCUCCAACUGAAGGUGCCAUUGAAACCACUUUUAACCCAUUGGCUGUUACUCAAAAGGGUACCAACACCAUUGUCGUUCAUGGAUCCCAAUCUGUUGAUGUCAACACCAAGGAAGUCAUUUACUCCAACGAAGCUACUUAUUUCAUUAGAAACUGUCAAGGUGACACUAAGGUCUACGGAGAACGUCGUACUUUUGCUACUGAACAAUUCAAUGCUCCAAAGCGUCAACCAGACUACCAAGUUGAUGUUCCUAUAAGUCCACACUUAGCUGCUUUGUACAGAUUAAGUGGUGACCGUAACCCAUUACAUAUCGAUCCUGAUUUCGCCAAGGGUGCCAAAUUCCCUAAGCCAAUCUUGCACGGUAUGUGUACCUACGGGUUGUCCGCCAAGGUCUUGAUUGACAAGUUUGGUAUGUUUGAUGAAAUCAAGGGUAGAUUUACUGGUAUUGUUUACCCAGGGGAAACCUUGCGUGUUUUCGCUUGGAAGGAAGGGGAAAUUGUUAUUUUCCAAACUCAUGUUGUUGAUAGAGGUACUAUUGCCAUUAAUAAUGCUGCUAUUAAAUUGAUUGGAAAUCCAAAAUCAAGAAUUUAA